ACAACACAAAGAUGGCGCCGAAUACAAACCCCGAUACUACAUUUGCGGGACUUCCACCUUUUCCAGAGGACGUCCCGACUGCCCCUCUACUCCGUCUCUCUCUGAAGAAGCUCGCUGAGCGAGACAAAGGAGAGAUUCAGAGGCUGAAUGCUGCUUGCGAAGACCUCGGGUUCUUCUAUUUGGACCUCCAGGAAGCGAGCCUAGUGCCAGAUAUACUCCAUGAUGUCGACGAGUUAUUCCAGUUAGGUUCUCGACUUUUCGAGCUGCCCCUAGAGGAGAAGCAGAAGUACGAUCUCAGCAGCCAGAACUCGUACUUCGGUUACAAGGCACAAGGAGCGGCCGUUGUCGAUCGUCAAGGGAACCUAGAUAGAAACGAGUUCUAUAAUGUUUCGAAAGACGAUAUCAUGGGCGUUUCGGAACCCCUACCAGCUCCGGAGAUCGUCAAUAAAAAUCGCAAGACACUCAAUACCUUCAUGACGAGCUCUCACUCCAUUGUAACGCUCAUCCUUGACCUUUUGAACGAGAGCCUGGGGCUGCCAGGAUCUACCCUCACCAACCUCCACCGUCUUCGGGCUGUAAGCGGCGAUCAAGUGCGUUUCGUCAAGGCGCCUCCUCAGCCCGUCGAUGACCGUCGCACCGCUCUAGGCGAGCACACGGAUUUUGGAAGUGUCACGAUCCUUUUCAACCGUCUGGGAGGCUUGCAGGUUCUCCCACCAGGCGCAGAUGCAGACUGGGUGUAUGUACGCCCGUUAGCCGGUCACGCCAUUGUCAAUCUUGGAGACGCAAUGGUGAAGUUCACAAAUGGGCUGCUUCGGUCGAAUAUUCAUCGUGUUGUUUCCCCUCCUGGGAAGCAGGCAAGCUGCACAAGGUACAGUCUGGUAUAUUUCGCGCGGCCAGAGGACGAUGUUCCCUUGAGACGGUUGGAGGGUUCUUCUCGGAUUCCUGCGCUGGACGAGGGUUUUGUGGAAGAAGACAUCAACAGUAAAGACUGGAUUAUUCGCCGUGCUCUGGGUCGGAGGGUCAACGUACCUGGGAUCGAUUAUGAGAAGUCAGCGGGGACGGAGGUUCUGAGUAGGAGGUUGAAAGCGUAGUCACCAUUUCAUUCAUUUCAAGUUUGCUAUAUUUACCGAAGCAGAAUAUUAAGCCCGAACUGAGGCUUCUUAAUUUCUGGGUAUUGGCAGAAAGGUGUAAAGGAUGCUGCCUGCACGUGAAG